AUGUCGUUAGCAAGUGCAGCUAGGAAAAUAGAUUCCGAUGGUGAAGGUCAUCGACCCGAUUUCAUGUUCACUAUUGAUCUUAAUGGACAUAUCAAAUUUGAAAUCGUGUUUGGUCUUUAUUACCCAUCAAGCAAAUUCACAAUGGACUUGGUUGAUUUGGGAGUUCUUAUGAAAGACUCACUUGAUAAUAUCUAUAAUAAAGGAGUUGAAUUGGAAAUGGUCGUCUUUGGAAUUCACUCAUUUGGUAUCUAUUGUAAACUUAUACUACCUAAUUAUUUUCCGUUGAAUCUUAUGAUUUAUGAAAGCAAAUCAAUUACAAUCAAUUUAUACUGGCAGGGUAUAAUAUUAGAAUUUAUGCAAUGGAUCUGUCGUAUGAUAGCAUAUACAGGAUAUUUUUUGUUGAGAGAAUUUGAAUUACCAAGGAGCAAUAUUAGUCUUGGUUUGGUAGAAUUCGUUUUAUAUGAAAUUGUAAACUUAAAG